AUGAGCUUCUCUUACAAGAAUGUUCUCCUUGUUGGCGCCACCUCUGGCAUCGGCGCCGGCCUCGCCGACAAGUUUGUCCAGGAGGGCGCCAAAGUCAUCGCAGUUGGCCGUCGUCAGGACAGACUCGACGCCUUCGUCCAGAAGCACGGUGCUGCCAAGGCCAGCGCCAUUAGAUACGACGUUACCGACAGAGACGGCCUCGACGCUUUUGUCCAACGAGUUGUAAAAGAAAAUCCCCACCUGGACUGUGUUUUGCUCAACUCAGGCAUGCAGAGCAUGGUUCGUCUCUCCAAUCCCGCCGAGGUUGACCUCGAUGCGUUCCACCACGAAAUCAACACCAACUUUACCUCCGUCGUCAACCUGGCCCUCAAGUUCAGCGCCGUGCUCCUCAAGAAGCAGACGCCCACCGCGCUGAUUGUGACCGGCACGCACCUGUCCAUUGUGCCGUCGGUGACCAUGCCCGCCUACUCGUGCUCCAAGGCGGCGCUCCAUGCCUUUAUGGACUGCCUCCGCCGCCAGAACCAGGGCAAGAGCUGCAAGUUUAUCGAAAUCAAUGCCCCGGCUGUUCAAACCGAACUCCACGAUUACAUGGGCGACCACGGCCGCUCUCUUGGCAUGCCGCUGGCCGACUUUGUCGACCAAGUCUACCCGCAGCUGCAGAGAUCAGAAGAGCACACUUCCGUUGGCAUCCCGCUUGGUCUCUCUGAAGAAGACUACAAGAGCUUUGUCGGAACCAGGCAAAGAAUGUUUGACCAGCUCUCUGACCUCGUUAUGGCACGCAUGCCGCUUUGA